CACCGCGCGCCGAACCCUCCCCGCCGAUCACAAAACUGAGCCGAGCAGCUUUCGCACAAAAGAAAACCUAAUUUAAAAUGAUAAAAGCCAGAAAAACACAAAUGUGAAAAGAAAUACAUAAAGUGCAGUGAAGUGUGAGAGUGUUCACUCAAUAAAAUAAAUACAAAACCUAUUGACGCAAAAAUGACCGAAUAAAUGAAAAAAAAUCAUGAAAAUGGCUGUCCCAAAACCAUUCGGCAUAUUAUUACAAUAAUGUAAUAUCAAAUCAACAUAGCAUAGUGUAAAGAAGUCUUCCAAAUUAAUAUAAAAUUUAAAAUAAUUAAUAUUAAUAAGUAUCAUAAUAAUAAUAUAUUGUAGCGUUAUUGAAAAUCGAUGUCUUCCCGUGAACGUCAAUUUUGAAGUGAUAAGUUAAUAAUAAUAUAUAUUCAGAUUAUUAGAAUUAUAAAUAAAACUAAUUGGUUAUUUUGUAAUUGGUUAUAUCAACAAUAUUAAAAAAAGGAUAAAUUCACGAAUAUUGUGGUGUAAUUCGUUUGUGAUUUUAAAAAAAUAUUGUCGACAAAAUGAUAAACCUCGGCCGAUUUAAGUUACCACCACUAAAGAAUGCCCUGGAUGUGGCUAUGCAGACGGUUAGACAACAGAUGCCUGAUAAACCAGGCCCACCACCGCGACCUCCGCAAAACGUUAGAUUCGCUAAUCUAGAUAUGGGUGAGAGCUGUGAGCUCUCCACCAUGAACGAAACCACAUCGCCAACGUAUCAGUCUACUAAUCCGACAAAUCCGUUUCUAAGCGAAAAUCUACAGGCUGAGGACUCCUUUACCAGUUAUCAGAAUACUUACCCUCAACAAGAUGGCCAAGCACCAAGAACUCAAAGCAUGCAAAGCGUCGACUUCUAUGCAUCUUCAGAAGAAGGCGGUUUUGAAGAAGGUGGCGGUAAACCUGGUGCAAAAAUCAAUGAAUUCCAAGCAGCUUGGAACGUUACUAACGCUAUUCAGGGAAUGUUCGUAGUAUCUCUCCCGUUUGCCGUAUUACAAGGCGGUUAUUGGGCCAUAGCUGCAAUGAUAGGCAUUGCCCACAUCUGUUGUUACACUGGGAAGAUCCUCGUCGAAUGCCUAUACGAAGACGAUCCUGUGUCUGGCCAACGCAUCAGAGUCCGCGACUCCUAUGUCAGCAUUGCUAAAGAAUGCUUUGGUAGAAAAUACGGUGCUAGAAUAGUCAAUAUUGCGCAAAUCAUUGAAUUACUGAUGACCUGUAUUCUCUAUGUAGUGGUCUGUGGUGAUUUAAUGAUAGGGACUUUCCCUGAUGGCUCUAUUGAUACUCGUUCUUGGAUGAUGCUGACGGGAAUAUUUCUGUUGCCUUUAGCAUUUUUAAAAUCAUUGAAAAGCGUCAGCAUGUUAUCUUUUUGGUGUACAAUGAGCCAUUUGAUCAUAAAUGCAAUUGUUCUCGGUUAUUGCAUUCUUUAUAUCGGAGAUUGGGGAUGGUCAAAAGUGAAGUGGAGUUUGGAUUUUGAAAACUUCCCAAUAAGCUUGGGUGUUAUCGUUUUCUCGUACACUUCUCAGAUUUUUCUGCCAACAUUAGAAGGCAAUAUGGAGGAUCGGUCUCGAUUUGAGUGGAUGUUAAACUGGUCUCAUAUUGCAGCUGCAGCUUUCAAAUCUAUAUUUGGGUAUUUGUGUUUCUUAACCUUUCAAAAUGACACUCAACAGGUUAUUACUAAUAAUCUUCGCUCUGCUGGAUUUAAGGGACUCGUUAAUUUCUUUUUGGUUAUCAAAGCUGUGUUGAGCUAUCCAUUGCCAUACUACGCAGCGUGUGACUUGUUAGAACGCGCGCUAUUUAGAGGUAAACCGAAGACCCUUUUUCCUGUAAUUUACGCUUUGGACGGCGAAUUAAAAGUUUGGGGUCUUGCUUGGAGACUGGGUGUGAUAAUGUUCACCAUUUUGAUGGCUAUUUUCAUUCCACAUUUCGCUAUAUUGAUGGGUUUUAUCGGCAGUUUUACUGGUACAAUGUUGAGUUUUAUAUGGCCAGCGUAUUUUCAUCUCAAAUUGAAAGGCAACCAGUUAGAAAGUACGACUAUUGCGUACGACUAUUUCAUUAUAGGACUAGGUGUUCUGUUCGGUAUUAUAGGCAUGUAUGAUUCUGGUUCAGCUCUCGUAAAAGCUUUCAAGAUAGGCUUACCAUUCUAACUUAUCGCAGUAGUUUUAGGUAAUUGUUGAACUAUUUUUAGAUAUUAUGCAUACAUUUUGAGAUGAUUAUUUUGGCAGAAAGUGUAGUUGUUGCAAUUUGUUCCACAAAAACAUGACUUCAAGUUAUUAUACUUUGUAUCAUUUUAGUAAAAUAACUAGUCAAUAAAAAUAAAUGUUUUCAUAUGUUAUAGAUUUAUCUAUACAAUUUUAUUAAAUGUAUGAUAAUUAAUUGUUUAAUAUAAAUAUUUAUACAAAAAAAAAAACAAAUAUCACGGUCUUCCAAAUUAGCAUAUUUUAUGUUUUUGACGUAUAUAUUAUAACAACGAAGUCUUACAUGAAAUAUACACAUAUGACUAAAACUUAUAAGAAAUUUACUUUGCUUGUAAAAAUGUUGACUACGCAUAUGUUUGGAAUAUAUUUACAUACUUAUUAUUAAAUAAUGCUAGGCAUUUAUUGUAGGUAUAAAAUGUUACUGAUCUCAUGAAUGACUCGGUUUCGUUUUACUAUUAAAUAAAAACAUACAGAAAUGAUGAUAUCUAAUUAUAAUGUAUUACUAAAAUUAUAUUGUAUAUUACUAUGUCUGCAUUAUUUUCGUUUUUAAUUGAAGUGUAUUUUAUUUACUUCGGCAUUUUACUUAUCGUGAUGUCUAAAAUAAAAAAAAUAUAUAACGUAUACCUAUAGAAAUUACUACUGAAUACUCCAUUUUCGAAGCUAAUUAUCGUUGUUGAUUAUAAUAGAGUAAUAUAUACAUGUAUAAUACAUGUUACUUAGAUUAGUAACGUAAUAGUAACAGUGAGAAUGCGUGGAAAUAUGUAAUCCCAGUGACGGAUUUAUACAUUUGCCAGUAGGCUGUUCAAAACCCACCCUUACCUUCCUCUAUUCGAAACCCGAGUUCAC